GGCUUUCUGACACUUUUACUGAGCAUGCGCAGUGGUUGCUCAUAGGUUUUCCUGGUCGAAGCUGUCACAUGACAAAAGGGAAGUGUGACUCUGGAUGGCCAUCUCUACCCUAAAUUUACUGAUGGCAGUGUUAUCCAGCUAACAUGGCAGGCUGAGCUUGUAAAGAACCAUGACGCUCCAAGCUCCUCGCAUGUCCGUGUUCACCUUUCAGUCUGCGGUACACAGCGCCCAUGUUCUUCAGUGUCUCAACGAGCAGAGGCAGCAGGAUGUCUUGUGUGAUGUGACGGUGGUGGUGGAAAGCCAGAGUUUCCGGGCCCAUUGCUCUGUUUUGGCUUCGUGCAGCGAAUACUUUCACAGCAGGGUCACCAGCGUCACCAGACAGAAUCCCAUCAUCACCUUGCCUGAUGAGGUGACCGUGAAGGGGUUUGAACCUUUGCUUCAAUUUGCCUACACAUCAAAGCUGCUUUUCACCAAAGAAAACAUUCAUGCUAUUCACAGCAGUGCUGAGUUUUUAGGAUUUCACAACUUGGAGUCAGCAUGCUUUGAUUUCCUCGUCCCAAAAUUUUCUGAGGGCAAAAGUACCUCACAGGAGGUCAGGCAUAGAGCCUGUUGUCAGAACCGAGAUCCCAGUGCCAGAUUUGACUCCAGUGUGAAGAGUAGCCAUCCAGAAGCAUUUCAGUCACACAGCUCAGUGCCAUUAGGAGGGAAUGAACAAACAGACUUUCCAUCUCAGUGUCCUCUGAACACACUGGGUCAGACGGACAGCAGGGGGGAACACUUCUGUUUGGAGAGCUGUGGGCCACAAAUGGCCCCUUUAUCUCUGGAGUUAGCAAACGAUGUGUGCCCCAUGUUAUCUGUGCCAGGCCCAGGGUCUGACAAAGCAGAUCAACCCUCUCAGUUUUGUGAACGAGAUAUUUUAGGUAUGGGAGAUGUUUGUAAUCAAAAUGAGUUGAGUUUAGCAGACUGCAGCUUACCCUGUGAGCUGUCAAACCCAGGGGAUGCGAAUCCACCAGAGCUCAUUGAGCCACCCAGCAGCGAUAUUAAACAGACUGUUGAGACGCUUGGUGCUGAAGCCAGCCAUAUCACUGGCUCAUGCCCACUCGAAACAUCAGGGGCAGAAGAUUGCAGCACAUUAUUAGAGCAGAGUGAGGGUAGUCUUGAACAAGGAAGGGUAAGUGAUAUCUCAGACCCGACACUGACUGCUCUAAGUCACGAAGAAGGGUUUGGGAAGAGGAGCCGCGUGGAGAGGGAGGUGGCUGAACAUCUGGCAAAGGGGUUUUGGCCUGACCUCUGCCCAUCUCAGGCUCCACCGCUCCCCCUGGAUCCAGUGGACCAAAACAAUCUGGCAAAAGCCUCAGACUUUCACUGGCUUAAGCAGCUCGACCUGACCUCCAGUGUAGGCGACUGUCCCUUUCUCAGAGACCUUGGAACAGGCGAUGACGCCACCACCCACGCUGACAGCUUGUCCCAGGCUGAGAAGAGCCCCUACAUGUCCUCCUCACUCAACUCUGGGGACGACUCAGACCUGGACACAGAUGGGGAUACUGAGGCCAACAACAAAAGAGCAGCAGAGAUUCAGCUCCCCUUCCCAGUGGAACAGAUCUCAGCACUGACCCGGAGUGCAUUCCAGCAGCUUCUGAGACACCAUCAUCUGACUCAAGAUCAGCUGGAUUUUGUCCAUGAUGUUCGUCGGCGAAGUAAAAACCGUGUGGCUGCACAGCGCUGCCGAAAAAGGAAACUAGACAGCAUACACCAGCUAGAAUGUGAAAUCAAAAAAUUAAAAAGUGAGAAAGAGCGACUGCUGCAGGAGCAAACAGAGCUCGAGAAAAGCCUUCAAGAGAUGCAGCAGAGCCUGUGUGGUUUAUGUAAGAGUGUCAGCAUCGAGUCUGACUCUGAUCAGGACCACUUGCAGCUUCUUGCCAAGCUCUCCUCUCCAGACUUUCCCAUCUCUUCCCCCAGCAUUGUGGGAAAAAACGAGGAGUCACAGAUCACCAUUGAAAUGGUAAGUUGUUCUUCAGAGUGCGACCAGAGCGGGCCACCUGCAGACUCAGUUCAUGUCGCUGUACCACCAGCCAGCACCGAGGAUGCAGGCUGCCCUGUUCCUGCAUCUUUGCUCAACGCCUGUCUGGACAUGAACAACACUUUAUAACUAGACUCCCAAUUCCAUUGUCAUUUGAAAUUAUGCAGCUCUGCAGGGCAAAGCGUGGACCUUGACUGCAUACUGUAAUCCUCUUUUGGGAUAGACGUGCUGUCCUGUGUAUUUCACCGAAUAAUUUUCUGCUUGAUAGAGAUAUCUUAAAUUGACAGAGAAAUGUCGAUCAUUUCCUUUGCUGUAUUUCUACUCUAUUUCACUGUAGUAAAAAACUGAAUCAAGUAUUAAUCAUUCUGAAGGUGCAGGCAAUUUUCAGGUAAUUCCCUAAAGUUCACAUUUAUAAAUUAGGAAGAUGUUUCUUAAAAUUUUGUUUUCUCAGGGAUACUUGUAACCUGACUGCGUUUUGAAUCUUGCUCCACACCCUUGCUACUUACCUCCUUACACCCACACAUACACACAGGUAUGAAUAGGAGACUUUCCUUUCAUUUUAGGCUAAUUAGUCUAUUGUUAUUAUCUGUACUGUAUUUUUCAUCACUAUGUCAUUUCUUUGAUUAAAUAUCCACAGCACUAACAGAGGAUGUAAUAGAUUAAAAGAAAUUGUUACAGCCCAAGCUAACCCUUCUCAACAGCAUUAAUUGCUAAUCCAUAGUUUGAAGAAAUAACUGCCACCUACUGUUUGAGGAAUGGUUCUAGUAUGUCUGAAAAUGUUACAGGAGAACAUAAGGAUUUAUGUUAUUUGAUGCAAAAUGUGCCUUAUGCAACUGUAUAGUGUAAAUUCAGAAAGAAAAAGGCAAUCUUUAUAUAACCUUGUUCCAAGCACUUUUGCACAUUAACCCAGAGCUAGUAAUGAUUGCAUACUCAUACAUUUAGGUCUGUCUGCAUGUUUAGUAUUUUUUAUUAAAUGCUUUCAUGGACUACAAAUUUAAAUAAACAACAUUUUGUUACCA